AUGUCGACUCUUUCAGCUGCGAGGGCGGAUAACUUUUACUAUCCCCCAGAAUGGACUCCAGAUCAAGGUUCCUUGAACAAGUUUCAAGGACAGCAUCCUCUGAGAGAGAGGGCGAAGAAGAUAGGCGAGGGAAUUUUGGUCAUAAGGUUCGAGAUGCCCUAUAAUAUAUGGUGUGGUGGGUGCAAUUCUAUGAUCGGCAAGGGUGUGAGAUUCAAUGCAGAAAAGAAGCAAGUUGGGAACUACUAUUCUACAAAGAUAUGGAGUUUUGCAAUGAAAGCACCAUGCUGCAAACAUGAGAUUGUCAUUCAGACUGAUCCUCAAAACUGCGAGUAUGUAAUUACUAGUGGUGCCCAGAAAAAGGUUGAGGAAUAUGACGUAGAAGACGCAGAAACCAUGGAGCUCACUGCUGAGGAAGAGAAGGGUAAGCUUUCAGACCCGUUCUAUCGUUUAGAGCACCAGGAAGUUGAUUUACAGAAGAAGAAAGCAGCAGAACCGCUUUUGGUCCGUCUCCAGCGAGUCUCGGAUGCAAGACAUGCAGAUGACUACUCCCUAAACAAAGCUCUACGUGCACAAAUUAGGGGACACAGGAAACGUGUAGCUGAAGAAGAGGCCGCCUCAAGGAAGCUAGGAUUGGGGAUAAGACUACUUCGAAAGAGCGAAGAAGAUAUUGCAGCUGCAUCAAAGGUGAAGUUCAAGAGCAAGUUUGAUAAGAAUCGAAAGGAUAAACGAGCGCUGAUCCAUGCGUCUUCCAUCUUUCCGGAGUCAUCUUACUCGAUGUCAUCAUCAUCGAGCAAGAAAAGAUUGGAGCUAGAAGCAAAGAGAAGGAGAAUAAGCGCAGAAUCAGCGUCGAGUCUAUUGAGAGGAGGAUUCAAAGCUUCAGCAUUGUCUAAAAGCCCAUCGUCAGCAAGCAAGUCAAAGAGUUCAACAGUUUUUGUAAGGAAGCUGUAA